AUGCCUUUCUUGACCUCUAUCCUCAUUAUUGCCCUGGUUGGCGCUGCUCAUUCUUUCCCUUUUAACUCUUCGCAGCUCUCAUCGCUUCGGGUCGACUUGACUGGUUCCAACAACGUCUCUUCCUUCGAUGCCUUGCAGCUGCGAGCGAUAGUGACGAAUACCGGAACUCAGACUCUCCGAUUGCUAAAGUAUCAAACUGUGCUGGACACGGAUCUGCCCACGAAUUCCUUCCGCGUCACCAAGGGCGAAGAAGAGGUUCCUUUCAUUGGCAUUCGGCUCACUAUCUCUGUACCCGAUCUCGAUGAUUCCGCCUUCGCAACGUUGGCACCAGGGCAGGCCGUUGAGGCCGUGCACAAUCUAUCUGGUCGAUACGACUUCUCGUCCUCUGGCGAAGGCGUUUACUCCUUCGACCCCGUGACGGACUUCAUGAUCCUCGACGACGAUGGCCUUUUGCUGUCGGCUUCAGAUUUCAUCGACGUCCAGCAUCCCCCGACUGCCCAGAUCGUGGCGCUUCAUGGUCCCGUCGCACCCCCGCUUGCGCAGAAACGAGCGACAGCCACCUGCAAGGAUCCAGCGAAAGCCAAGUUUAUUGACGCCGCCUAUACGGAAGCGAAGUCCCUUGCCCACCAAAGCUCGUCGUACAUCACCUCCCAUGGAGCCGGUGAUGAUUUAUAUAAACAAUACUAUCACGGCGCCCCGACGGGCGAUGUCACCAGCAUCUUUGACGCCGUAGCGAACGAGACAUCGCCUUCCAGGCAACUCAGCUGCGACGACCCGCGCGACUCAUGUAAGCGCGGUAUGCUUGGCUAUACGACGUUUCCCGACACGAAUGUCUACUUCUGCCCGCCCUUCUUUUCCGAAGUACCCUCGGAGAACCUCUGCACUUCGACAACCGUGAACCAGCGCAACGUCCGCGGCGAGACGAUGCUGCACGAGCUGACGCACGCCCUGUCGCACACUCGGGAUCUCGCCUACGGUUGCCAGUCGGUGCAGAAAUUGUCUGACUCGUCUGCGCCGCGGAAUGCGGACUCUUAUGCGGUAAGCUUCUGUUAUUUUGACAUUCGUAACUGCCGUCCUAAUGCCAAACCUCAGUGCUUUGCUACCGAAGUAUACGCCAGGACCAUGUGCCACUGA